AUGGAACUUAAAUUACUAAGCUCUCCCAUAAUUGAUCCAUUAACGAUUCAACUUUACGAUUAAGAGAAAAUACCUUUUAAAGUAAUUGUUCAAUGUGAAAGCCAUGAACUAGCAUUAAGCGCAUAUUAAAGACCAAUAACGAAAGAUGAUAAAUUUUUAUUUGAAUUUAUAAAUAACAGAAAUCUUAAACAUUUAGCCAGCGAUAUUCAGGAUUUUAAGGUUUAAUUAGAACAAGAAUACAAUUAAAAUAAUUAAGAAAACUUCUUGGAAAGGUAUGAAGCCACAUGUAAAAUAUUUUUGGGUACUUAAUUUUUAAAAACUUCAAAUAAAAAGAGAAAAUAAGAAAACUAUUUAAAGUUUUAAACUUAACAAAUCUAAAAUUAAGAAUAUCAAUAACAGAGCAGAGUUUUUUAAGGAACUCAAAAUAUAGCUUAAUUAAGUCAAAUAGGUACUUUAAGAGAUUAAAAUUAAGGUCUUCUCUAAGUAUAAAAUUUCUAUGAAAGUAAGUCUAAAAAAACAUUGGUUUGUGGUGUCUAUGAAAAUGAGAAUUUAUCUUAAAUAGAAGAUUUUAUUCGAUCAUUUAGAAAUUAGGAUAUAGAUUUGGUUAUACUUUGUAAUGGGCUUGACUCAUUAGAAAGAACAUUAAGAUAAAAAUUGUUACUGAAGCAUGAGAAAUAAACUCUGAUAACUAUUGAAAUAGAUAAAAAUCAAUAUUCAGUCAAUAAUGCUCUUGUGCUAUAAUAUUAAUUUAGUGAAAAUAAUUUACAACAUGAGGUAAUUUUCGUUAUAAAAUACUUUAAAUCAUCUAAUUAUGAUAUUCAAAGGUGGUUAUACAACGGAAUAGGUAAACAUUUUGACCCUGAUUUCUUUUAUGUAACUUAAUGCUCCUUAAUCUAAUCAGAUCACUCUAUUAAUACAUAACUUAAGUCUAUCAAAUAAAAGAAUCUAUGUGCAAUUACAUGUAGUAUCUUACAAAAUAACCUUCGUUCAUGGAAUCCAUUAAAUCCAAUUAAUGCACUAUUGUUAGAGCAAACAUUAGAUCACCUUGAGAAUAUAUCAACGAAUAAUUUAUUCUCUGUUGUUCUGGAUCAUAAUCCUUUUUUCUGCUUUUAUGACUGGUAGAAAAUUAAAUAAUUUAUUGACCUAUAUUUAUAAAAAAUAAUUAAGUCAGAGUGCGAUUAUGUUUAAAACAUAAUUGUGUAAGGUGAGAAUUACAUAUUACCAAGUUUGGCUGCAGAAUAAGGAUUAUUAUUUGGUAGAUCAGAUAAAAUAGUAGCAUAAGCUUCCUGCAAUGAUUCACUAUCAAAAAUUAUGAACUAAUAGAGAAAAAGAAAGAAUUCUAAAGCAUCUACGCAUAAUUAAUUUUUAGAGACUUAUUCAACUUUAAGUUCCACUUGGAAAAUCAAUCUUUUUAUCAGAUUAAUCUAAUAAAUUGCCUUAAAGACAAUGCAUAUCCAUUCUAGUUUGAAUAAUUACUUUGGUAUAAGUGCGAUUAUAUUCAUUUUUGCUUAAAGUUCUUACGACUUUUUUGGAAAUGCAUUCGGAUACUACUACUUUUAUAUAUUGUAAUUGUCAAUCCCAGCAUUAUUUAUAUUUAGUGUAGUUACAUUUUUAAUUUUUGCAAUUCUAUUCAGAAGUCAAUACAAAAUAGCAAGGGCAAAAGGAAUGGAAGAACCAAUUAUAGUUAGCGGUGAUUUAGUAUUCUAUUUAUCUUACAGUCCCCUUACAAAUUCUUGUUCCUACUGCUUUGAAAAUUCGACGAUAAAAAAAAGCAAUAAAUAAUUGGAUCCCAGGAAUGUCUAAUUCGUAGGAUCCUCACCUAAUAAUUAAGUUAUGAGUUUAUACCUUUAUUAUGGAAAAUAAAUCUAUUUAGCUAACUAACUUGACACAAAUACCAUACUUCAAGAGAUUAUUAAUUUAUCUAAAAUAAGGAGGUAGUAAGGUGAAAAUAAAAAUUAAAAUGGAGUAGUUGAAUACUUUUCAAAAAUAAAGGAUUGUAAAGAUAUUUGCUUUAACUAUUAAAAUACGAUUGGAGAAGCUGCUGAAUAAUAUAAAACAUUCUAUCAUUUGAUUGCAAUCUUUAACUUGACCCUUAUUGCAAUAUUUACUUUAAACAUAAUUUUCAAUUACUGCUUUCAUACUGACUAAUUAUAUAGAUGGAUAAUCUGUAUUUGCAUCUUGAUGGUAAUUUUAGAAAAAACAAUAAAGAUACUGCUACAUUUGUCACACAUUCCAGUGUUUGUCAGAGGUUACCUCAGUUAUAUCUUUUACUAUUUGAUAGUAAAUUUUGGGAUGAAAUUUUAUGAGAGGAUAAAUACUGAUAACAAUAUUGAAAAUGAGAAGAUUAAAGAGUUUUAUUAUAAUAAAGUCCAAUCUUUUGCUCUUUGGAUCUCAUAUAAUAUCGUUUUCCUAUUUAUUUGUUUCAUGGUUGAAGCUUAUUACGAUUUUUGUGGAUAUGUGUUAUUAUUUUUUUUGAGUUAUUUUGCCAUAAGUUCACUUGGAAGCAUUAUUUUUACUGUGAUAUCUAAGUUUUUAUGUUUCAAUUUGAAGAACCAUAAAAAAGAAGACAACGAAUCCUAGAACAACAUUACUGAAUUCAGGCCGAAUUAGUUUUUAUUAGAGGGUGUAAAUUACGAAAAAAAAUUCCUUAAAAUUUAGUAAGAGGCAAAUUUAAACUUUUACAAAUUGCAGGAACAUGAAUUGCAAUAGGAAAGAAAAGAACAAUUCAGAUAGCAACCUGCCAUAUUAAAUUAAACUAUAAAAUUUUGGGAAACCGUAAAAAUAAAUAUGCCUGUUAUACCAGACAUAACUGAAGAAUUUGAGUAAAAAACUUAGAGCUUGAUUGAUUCCCAUUAAAGUGAGCUUGAAGAUAAAGAUUCUAUGAUGCGAUCUAAUGAUUUUGGUAAUUUAAAAGACCAAUAAAUUAAGACCUUUUUAUGA